AUGCCCUCGAACCGCGACGGUGCUUCUGGCAAAUCGGACACCUACGUCCCUUUGACGACCUAUGCAAUUCAUCAAUCGUACGGUGGCUGGCAGAACUUCAUGCACUCCCAUGGUUUAAAGCCCUGGGAUCUCGACGACGUAGAGGAAGGGAAGCGCAUCGUUGAAGGUAUCAAGGAAGGCCACCGCCUCGACUGGGAGGAGGAGCAGAAGAACAAAGGGCGAGCUUGA